ACCACGUGGAGUGAGUCAGCAGCGGCGGGAGGAGCCGGGGGGGAGGCGGGCUACUGCCUGGGCGCUAGAAAAGGAAGCCGGCUUCGGGGUCUCAGAGGGUUGCCGGCCGCUGUCUCUGCUGCGGAGCGCCGCUGCUCGUCUCGCUCUUGGCUCAGGUCUCCUCUUGGGCCCGCUCUCCAAAAUGUGGCAGUCCCUGGCAGUGCUGGGUCUCCUGGCAGCUCUGGUGAGCGCCCGCACCGUCCCCAUCUUCCCUCCUCUUUCUCAUGACUUGGUGAACUACGUCAACAAGCUCAACACUACCUGGAAGGCUGGCUACAACUUCAACAAUGCAGACAUCAGCUAUGUGAAAAAGCUGUGUGGCACAUAUUUGCAUGGCCCCAAACUGCCAUCAAGGGUUGAGUUCGCAGGCGACCUGGACCUGCCAGACAGCUUUGACUCGCGGAAGCAGUGGCCCAACUGCCCAACGAUUGGCGAAAUCCGAGACCAGGGUUCUUGUGGCUCCUGCUGGGCUUUUGGUGCCGUGGAAGCGAUGUCAGACCGGACUUGUAUCCACACCAAUGGCAGGGUGAGCGUGGAGAUCUCGGCCGAAGACCUGCUGUCCUGCUGUGGCUUGGAGUGUGGGAUGGGAUGCAAUGGAGGCUAUCCUUCAGGAGCAUGGAAAUUCUGGACUGAGAAGGGUCUGGUAACUGGCGGGCUUUAUGACUCACAUAUUGGCUGCAGACCCUAUUCCAUCGAACCCUGUGAGCACCACACCAAAGGAAGCCGCCCCCCCUGCACUGGUGAACAUGGAGAAACCCCUGACUGUACGAAACGGUGUGAAGCAGGCUACUCCCCCACAUAUCCACGAGACAAACACUAUGGCGCUGACUCUUAUGGCGUCCCUUCCAGUGAGAAGGAGAUCAUGGCAGAGAUUUACAAGAAUGGGCCGGUGGAAGGAGCUUUUACUGUGUACGAUGACUUCCUCAUGUACAAGUCAGGCGUCUACCAGCAUGUCUCUGGAGAGGCCGUUGGAGGCCACGCAAUCCGGAUCCUGGGCUGGGGAGUGGAGGACAGCACGCCUUACUGGCUCGUGGCCAAUUCCUGGAACACAGACUGGGGCGACAAUGGCUACUUCAAAAUCCUCCGGGGGGAGGAUCAUUGUGGAAUUGAAUCGGAGAUUGUUGCUGGAAUUCCACGGACAAGCCAGUACUAGAACCGGCUGUGAAGGUGUCCUUCCACUCUGAGCCCAUCUGCAAACUGCAAAUCAAGACUUAAUCAUGCCUGUGGAGAUAAGAGCUACGCCUGCACGUCCUACUCCUGAGAGACAUUUUUAGAAUUGGCUUCUUUUUAUUAAAGCUUUUUAAAAAAACAGAAUUUCUAUGGAGCUGCUGCCUUUGUGUCUGGCAGGUGAGACUCGUAGCUUAAGCCGAUCACAAGGAAGUCAUUGCCUAAAAGCCGGAAUGGCAGAUGAGUUGCUGAAAUGGAGAGUGGCCAGAUAAGGUGGUUGGGAGGUAUCUUGAUGGAAUUAAGGUAGAAGCCUCUUCCAAGAAGCCUGGUGGAACAGAAUAUUAAUUUGCACAUGCUUGAGAGACAUAAUCUAGUAAGCGAUCGGGAAGGAAUUACACAGAUCUCGGAAGCCACUUGAUCAAUCACUAAUCACUAGUGCAGAUUUAAGAGUGGGGUGAGUCUUGGACUGUGAAAUGGAGCACUUGGCUGGAUUUUCGAUUUUGCAUGACUUUUGGAGAAUUGGUUUAGUACCACUCAGACUCUGCCAGCUACUAGAACUGCUGCAGUCCUGGGGCUCUUCUGUCUUGAGUCAAUCUGAGUGCAGAGAAUAGAGGUGACUUCAGAUAGUGCAGUUGUGGGUUCUAAUCCCGGCUCAGCCAUGAAGUUCUCGGUGUGACCUUGGGCAGAAGACUUUCUCUUGGCUUGCCUUCUCUUGCAAGAUGGUUGUGAGAGAGAACAAGAAGGAUAUUGUUGGCCCUUGGGAUGCAGCUGGGGAAAGAGUGUGUUUGUUUAGCAUGUGGCAAUGGACUCCUCAGCUGGAUAACCUGGUAAUACAAUCCCAUAAGUGCACUCUUGUUACCCACAGACCUAGCUAGGCAUGUGGUCACACUGGUUUCAACCCCCUGAUUGCAAAAUGCUGGUAGUGCCUUACUUAGCGCUGCUGCUGCUCCUACUUGAUGAAACUUCUCCAGUCCUCUGUUUCCAAAUGAAGAGGCCACAAACCAAGACAGCCCCAUCUGUGAACCCACCUCUUGCCCUCAAAGGGAUGGAAGGGAGACCUAAGUGGCCUGGUCAUUCUCUUCCACAUCUAGCUAUUGAUCUCCUCAUCUUUCAGCAGUGCAGCAAGUCUAGCCCCCUGGGUCAGUGUGAUCACCUCUGGCUCUUUGACUGCCUGUGCUGCCAGGUGAUAAAUCCAAGCUGUCCUUUCUAAUCCUAACAGUUGCAGGUGCCUCUCAAUUGAAGCCAAGUUAGAGCUUAAGUUUUAUUGGCUCAGAGGACCAUCGAACCGUGGGAUGGAGACUUGACUAAAAUGGUUUAGCAGUCCAGGGUGGAAGCAGAAGAAAACAGAAGGCAGCUACUUUUUCUUUUAAAGCAAGACCCCAGUGUAGCCUGUUCAUUUCAUCCUUGCCUCACUCGUCGAGUGGGAUCACUAGACCCGCUGGGGCUUAUACCUAAGGUCCAGCUAUUAAAAGUCUAUUUCUGCCAUUAGAUCAUUAUUUAGGCCAGGACUAUGAGGCAGUGGCAAAAGCAUGCAGACAGUGGCUGGAAAAGAACUGACAGAAUGCAUGGGCAGUGAUCAGACAUUUUUUGAUUUCACUGCCUGGCCUGAACUAGAACUUGGUAGCUUCUGAUUCUCGAAUGGCUUCUUGUUCAAUGCAAAACUCUUCUGGGACCUGUUGCUCUCUGUAAUCACAAGUUUCUCUGUGGCUUCAGUGUGUAUCCCCCACCCUCCAAUAAAAGUGUUUCAUCACUC